GGUCCGCUGGAUAUGUGACGUGUUCAUGGGAAAUGGCCACGCAAGCGAAAGGAAUCACAGAAGAACGUUGAAAUCAGCUUUGUCCAGCUUCAAACUGUUGAAUAGUGACUUUUGAGGCUUUCAUUUAUGAUCCAUAAGGUAUAUUUAUAUUAAACCGAACGGUGCAUUUCGGGAAAGCCGGACAGCUUGUAGAGAAACUAUGCAAACAUGUUGUGGUGGCUCACUCAGGGAGCUAACCUGCAGCACCUAGCCUGGGGAAGGCUGGCACCCAGCGCCGAUGUGACACCCUUUUCAAAAUGACACGAAGAAGUGGAUCCGAGUGGGUUGGGAACUGUUCGUGCUAGGCUACAGACACACACAGGGCGACAGAACGGAGGAUGUGACCCACGUCCCGGGGUCGAGCAGGUAUCGCGAUGCCUCGUCUGGAAGAGGUGGCCAACGUCGCCCUGCGGGUGCCCAGCCUUCUCCUGCUGGACAUGCUGUUCAAGUGUGACGUCGACGGCGUCACGGAGCACAUCAGGGCCAAGAACGAUGACAUGCUGUUCAAGUACAAGUAUGUCAUCUGGAACAUGUACUACCUUGGUCACCUGGUGAAUGUGUGUGUGUUGGUUCUGCCUCUUCGUCACAUCGUAACGCUCUACCUCCACAUACUGGCUGCCCUGCUUCUCUACGUCGGACACCAGAUCUCCAAGGACUACGUCAACGAGGAGGUGCUGAACGGCUACGGGGGGUCGCUGUACCUCGACGCUGCGGCCUUCCAAAGAUUCGUCACCGCACUGACAAGUCUGAUUAUUCUCAAUACGUUGUGUGCCUUCCUGAUGAAGACCAGAAAGGUCUGGCUGUUUUCCGCCCACGUGCUCCCCCUGCUGGCCAGACUGUGCGCUGCGCCGCCCGACGUGCUUCUGCUCGUCAGCUCGUCCUCCGUGGCUCUGACCGGCGUGGGCAUGGCUGUCUUCCUCCUCUCCAACCUCUUUGUGCCCUAUCGCCUCGCACGGGCCGCCUACUCUGAGCUGCUCCGGAUGGAGGUGGUGGAGCUGUACCGGCUGGUCGCCGUGGCGAUGUCCCUCUGGAACCAGUUUGCGGUGCCGCUGCUGUUCAGCGUAUUCUGGAUGGUUCUGUUCGUCGUGCAGCUGGGGUCCGACGUCAUGGCCGCACGCGGCACGCUCACGUACCAGGGGGUCCUGUUCCUCCUGCUGUCCAGUGUGUCAGAGUGCUGUGCCACACCCUACUCCCUGCUGGGCCUCGCCUUUGUGGUGUCCUACCUGGCCCUGGGCCUCCUCAACCUCUGCAAGUUCUACCUGGGAGGCUACGCAGCAGUGCUGAAUGAGAACGUUAUGCACAGAGGGGUGACGGAGGGCGUGACCCUGUUCCUGCUGGCGCUCCAGACGGGGCUGCUGGACAUGCAGGCCCUCCAGCGCACCUUCCUCCUCAGCAUCAUCCUCUUCAUCGUGCUCACCUCUACGCUGCAGUCCAUGAUCGAGAUCACCGACCCGGUCAUCCUGGCGCUGGGCGCGUCACGCAACAGGAGCUGGUGGAAACACCUGCGAGGGCUGAGCAUGUGUCUCCUGCUGCUGGUAUUCCCUGGCUUCAUGGCCUAUAAGAUCUCCCAGUUCUUCCACAUGGACUUCUGGCUCCUGAUCCUCGUGUCCAGCUGCAUGCUCACCUCUCUCCAGGUCACCGGCAGCCUGCUGAUCUACUCGCUCUUCAUGGCGGAGCUGUUCUGCCGCGAGCCCAUCGAGAGCCUGGACGAGGUCAUCUACUGGGUGAACGCCGUCAGCCGCGUGCUGGAGUUCGUGGUGGCGCUGUGCGUGGUGGCCUACGGCGCCUGGGAGUCGCUGUUCGGCGAGUGGAGCUGGAUGGGCGCCUCGGUCAUCAUCAUCCACUCCUACUUCAACGUGUGGCUGCGCGCCCAGUCCGGCUGGAAGAGCUUCCUGCUCCGGCAGGAGGCGGCCAAGAAGAUCAACUCCCUGCCGCGGGCCACGCCGGCGCAGCUGCAGCGCCACGCCGACGUCUGCUCUAUCUGCUUCCAGGAAAUGAGCUCGGCGGUGAUCACGCUCUGCGGACACUUCUUCCACGGCAACUGCCUGCGCAAGUGGCUCUACGUCCAGGAGACCUGCCCCAUGUGCCACCAGUCGGUCCGGCCCGACGCUGCCGCCCAGAGCCCCGCCCCCGAGGGGGAGGGCGACGGGGUUUGGGUGGAGGGGGAGGGGGAGUGGGAGGAGGAGGAGGUGGAGGGGGAGUGGGAGGAGGAGGAGGAAGAGGAGGAGGAGGUGGGGGAGGGGGAUUGGGAAGAUGAGGAGGAUGAGGAGGAUGAGGAGGACGAGGUGGGGGAGUGGGAGGAGGAGGAGGAGGAGGUGGAGGAGGAGGUGGAGGAGGAGGAGGAGGAGGAGGUGGUGGUGGAGGAGGAACCUCAAGCAGACACAGGGCCCAUCUAGGCCCCACCAGAGGAAGGGCUAUUCGGGAACCAUGGCAACGAUGGCGGUGCUGCAGAGGAGAUCUACGAGUAUCCUCCGGAGAGGGGGGAGGAGGAGGGAGCUGGCAGCGACGGCGACCUCCCUGCCAACGACUCUUCCCGCGAUGACCUCAACAUGGAGGCCGUCCAAGGCCUGUGCUUCAGCUCCAGUGGGGACUUAGUGGGCUACGCCGCCCCAGGCUCCAGCUGAUCGCGUGUUCCCGUGGGGGGGACCGGCUCCCGGUGUCCCCCGGGGACGGAGCUCCGGCUGGGGGUGAGGUGAGGUGAGGUGGGGGGGAGGGCAGAGGCACGCUGUCUGCAGAGGGAGACGGGCUCGCGGACACAGACGAUCCACCGCCGCCAGCGCCGCCGCCGCCGUCGCUGUUAUGGUGGACCCUGGCGAACAGGAAGUGGAGGAGGGUUGACUAGAGCGGGAGAGGAGCCGACCAUCUGCGGACCGCCACAUGAAUGCUUCCUCUUGUGCUGCGCGGCCGGACAGAACUCUGAGCUGUGGGCUGAGGACCACAGCGGAGCGAGGAGCAGACUGCAGUACUGUGUGGAGCGCGGUGAAUCCCAGUCUGUCAAAGGCAGAGAGAGAGAGAGAGAGAGAGAGAGAGAGAGAGAGAGAGAGAGAGAGAGAGAGAGAGAGAGAGAGAGAGAGAGAGAGAGAGAGAGAGAGAGAGAGAGAGAGAGAGAGAGAGAGAGAGAGAGAGAGAGAGAGAGAGAGAGAGAGAGAGAGAGAGAGAGAGAGAGAACCAUGCAUUAGAUAUUCCCCACAUGUGCAAAAGAGCUCUGAUGUGACUUAAAAUGGCGUUGCCUGGAGAGCUACGACGCCAUCGCUCCCUUUCCUGCACCAGCACAAAGGAACGUGGCCCCGGCCUCAGUGCCCUUGAGGGUGCGAUGGUGUCAGCAAACCGUGGACCAGACCUCGGUUGGUCUUCUGUCUUGUGAACUAAUAGGGAAGUAAUGUGUCCCUCCUAACGAAUGUGCUCCAGCAGUCCAUGAAACGUUGCUGGAUUUAAUUUGCAGGCAAUAAUGUCUCGGGUGUCAAAAUCGAUCUGUGAACUGUUGUUGAAAGCAGUUCAUGAGGCAGUUAUAUAUUAACACAGUCUAAACUUGUGGAAAUUAAAGUAUUUAAUUUGUUUGUCUAAUUAUUUGUGGCCGUCCUUUAUUUAUCUCUGUCAUAUAUGUAGUGGAAAUAUUUCUUUGAUUAAAGAGUGAAUUAUUUUGUUUUUCAUUUAAAUCAAUAAAAAAUGACGUAUGUAAGAUAUAAAUUCUGACGAAUAAAGGGUAUCAAUUAGAUUUAACAACA